GUCCGAUCAGUCGUGCAAUAAAGCUGGGCUAUUCAAAGUCCUCCGCAGAAAUGGCUGCUCCCAUGUCAUGGAGAAGACUGAUAAACUCGGUGUAUGCGCCAGCUCUGACCGGGGUCUUCACCCGAAUGUCUGACAGAUUUUUCCGGACAGGUGACCGGAGAAGAGGCUCCUCUGUGCUGCUCCUGGCCCCCCUGCUGGCGGAAUCGGACCCCAUCCCGCUGUCCCAGCCGCGCGCCCCCGGUCCCGCCGGAGCUGAGGGUCUCCUCGCCCGCUUCCUCUGGAUGGCGGAUCAUGUGCCCGCCUUCCGCGUCCCUGGGGCCCGCGUGCAUGUGCUUCGCUCCCCCGACGAGUUCUACCAGCUCAUGAAGGCACGUAUCAAGGCAGCUGAGAGCAGGGUGGUGAUGGCGUCCCUGUACCUGGGCACAGGACCCCUGGAGCAGGACUUGGUAGACUGCAUGCAGAAGGCUCUGGAGAGUUCUCCCAGGAAGGACGGAGCCUCUGAGCUCAAGAUUUCCAUCCUGUUGGACUACACCAGGGGAUCACGAGGUAAGCGGAACUCGCGCUCCAUGUUGCUGCCGUUGCUGCGGCGAUUCCCGCGGCAGAUGCGCGUGUCGCUGUACCACACCCCCGACCUGCGCGGCCUGCUGCGUCUGCUCAUACCCGAGCGCUUCAACGAGACCAUCGGCGUGCAGCACAUCAAGGUGUACCUGUUCGACAACAGCCUCAUCAUCAGCGGAGCCAAUCUGAGCGACUCGUACUUCACAAACCGCCAGGACCGCUACGUGCUGCUGGAGGACUGCCCCGCCCUGGCGGACUUCUUCUCCGAGCUGGUGGGGGCUGUGGGGGACGUGUCCCUGCAGCUGAGCCCGGACGACACCGUCAGCGUGAUGGACGGCAUGGUGCACCCUUACCAAGGUAACCGGGUGGAGUUCUCGGCGUUGGCGGAGCGGCGGAUCAUGGCGGUGCUGAACUCCGCCCGGGCGCGGCAGCGUGUGGAGGAGGCGGAGCAAGCGGGCGGGGCCGAGACGGGCGUGGCUGAGGAGCCGCCCGCGGACACCUGGGUGUUCCCGCUGGUGCAGAUGAAGCCCCUGGGCAUCCGAUUGGACGAGCAGGUGACGGAGCGGCUGCUGAGGGAGGCGGGAGGCGACGCCCAGGUCUACCUGACCUCUGGCUACUUCAACCUGACGCAGGCCUACAUGCGCCUGGUCCUGGGGGCGCCCGCCGGCUACCACAUCCUCCUGGCCUCCCCGCAGGUCAACGGCUUCUUCGGGGCCCAGGGCGUGGCGGGGGCCAUACCUGCCGCCUACACACACCUGGCCCGGCAGUUCUACAGCAAGGUGUGCCAGCUGAGGCAGCAGCACCGAGUGCAGCUGCACGAGUACUACAGACACGCCUGGACCUUCCACGCCAAGGGACUGUGGUACUACCUGGUUGGCUGUGACAGGCCCUGCCUCACCCUCAUUGGCUCUCCCAACUUUGGCUACCGUUCUGUCCACCGGGACCUGGAGGCCCAGAUUGCCAUAGUAACAGAGAACCAGGAACUCCAGGCUCAGUUACAGCAGGAGCAGGAGAUGCUGUAUCAGAGGUCCACAGAGGUGUGCAGCGCCACCUUCAGGCAGCCUGACCGGCACGUCAAGCUCUGGGUGCAGCUGAUCACCCCGUUCAUCAAGAACUUCUUCUGAGCGACCCGAGCCUACUGAUCGGGUGAGGUUACAGGUCCAGACGCAGGUGUGUCCUCGGGGGUCCUAUGAACAGAGGGAGGAGGGCUGGCAGCUCCACAGCCACCAGUCUCAGACACCCCCCCCCCCCUUUCAUCUCAAGCCAUCCCUCACUUCCUGUAUUUCCUUUACGUUUGCGUGCCACCUCAUUUCCUGUUAAUGUGUGCACGGCUUGUCUCUUGUCAGCGUGUGUUCUGUCCAGCCCCACUGCCCCUUGCCCCCCCCGCCCCCCGGCCCCCCUGCCCCCUGUGCCCCGUGUCUGUAAGUCCUCUCACUCCUGACGUGAUGUCAUGUUGACACACGAGAGGUCACUACAUUUCACUCCCUGUCCAAAACGGCCUCUGAUGUGCAGCGUUAUGGUUUUAAAAGGAAAACCCAGGUGCUCUGAGAAAAGACCCCUGAGGGAUUUUCAUUGUUUGUGCUCGUUUUUAUAUGACAUGAUAACAAAGUGUGAGGCCUGUAGACUGUUGGACUGCGGGGUGUGUAUGGGGGGGGGGAUGUGUGUGUGGGGGGCGGUUCGUUUUGGAGUCGCCAAGCCGUUAUGGAUCGCACUUACAGAAGCCUUACGGUACGUGUGACAGCAGUGAUCCGGUGUAUCGGCAGCUGGGCUUCAGAGCCACCAACGUCAAUGAGCACUGCGUACUCCCAUACAGCCAUGUUUUACCCAAGUGUGAUGUCACAAGAGGAAGAUACCAUAUCAGGAUCUAAGGGGGGAAUCGGGGUGAGGCCAUAACUGUGUGGUGAAGGGUCUUAAGCUACAGGUCUAAAAGUCCUGGAAGUAAAGACGUUACAGUUAUGACAAAAAGCUAAUUUACAUGUAAUUUACAGCCAAUCUAACAUUGUACAGUGUUUAUGUUUGUAAAUUAACAGAAGAAAUGUGUAUUGAAGUAGUAGGUUUUUCAAAUAAAAUGGUUUGACUGGA